UGUACUAUUUAGAUACAAUUUAUUUGCUUAAUAAUAACAAGUAUAUUUAAAUUGUUUGAAAUAUCUAAUUUAAGUAGAUAAUACGAAAAAUGCUUGUUUCUGAGAUGAUUAGUACGAUCUAUGUUUUGUUAUUUACCUUGAUAAUUUACUGCGAAGGAAGAAGUUCGCGUCGUGAUCGUUCUAUAUGUUCUGGGUCUUCGAAGAUCGACAUACAGACGAGCUAUGGUGUCAAAAUCGAGCCAUUUGAUCAAAGCAAUGUAUAUAUAGACUCACUCUCAGAACCCUUCGAGGACAGGCAUUCACUGAGAUUUGAAUUCAAGACAACUUCCGGUAACGGCACGUUAUUCUAUGCAGUCAGGCGGAACGACCUUCAAGACAUGGUUUCCGGUAGUCUGCACGAAGGUUACCCACAGUUCAAGAUCAGAUGCAUGAGUUCUUUCGCUGACUUUACGAUUCCAGUUCGAGUUGAUGACGGAGAAUGGCAUAGGGUGCGAUUCAUCAGACGGCACGGAAAAGGUAUAUUUCUCGUAGAUGAAUUAGAGUACUUCGAACAGUAUUACGUCAGUUGCGGGGGCUUUACGUCAAUCAAUUUCGGCAACAGAAACCCGGCGCACUAUCAAUCUAAAAGUGUAAAAGAAUUACAGGGCAAGGAUGGACAGAUGGACGGUUGUAUACGGAGGUUUCACAUCAGUACGGGAAUAGACGCCCAUCCACACUACACUACUGUGUCCGAGUGUAACUGAAGAGGGAAUCUGUAAUAUAGCCACGUGGUCGUUUUUGUAGAACUUACUCUUCGUUCGUAUCCAAUUACGACUUGAGAAUGAAAAAAAAAAAACUAUUGACAGUUCCGGAGAUAACCGGUAGUAGUCCA